UUUCGCAAUACUUUUCACCUCGUCCCCGUACCGUUUGCCUCAGCAGCUGCACCUCCGCAAAUCACCGCAAGAUGCACGCCGAAACUGUCCCGCCAUACGUCUCCGUCUCCUCUCAAGUCAUAGCUCAGGCCGACGCCUCCCAAAUACUGGAGAAAUACAUCCUCAACUCUGAAUCCCACCCUCACCUGCACCCCGAUGCGCUCAUUACGCCUACUGGAGUUACCUUCAGCUCACACGGCGGCCCCACGGGCGGCGUUGUCAUGCAUAAUCUGCGGCGCAUAGCUGCUGGCCUCCGCGGCGAAUAUCUAGAGCCCGAGGCCACACCAGAGCCUGAAGAGCCACGAUCCAGCAAGAAGAGCAAGACAGGAAAAGAGGCAACUACAGAUGGCACAGAAGACUGGCAGAGCAUGUCGGAAUGGGAGAAGGAAGAAGGGCAAAUUGAAGUUGGGGAGGUGGGCGAGAGAAGCAAUGUGGUGCAAGAAGGCGGAGAAGCGCCCGAGGUGGGGAAGUCAGACGAACAGAAAGUGGACAAGGAAACGAGGAAGCAACUCAAGAAGCAGAGGGCCAAGCAGCUCCGGAAAGAAAAGGAGCAGGCGAAGGAGGGAAAGUCGACAUGA